AUGGCACCAGUAGAGAUCCAAUUUGUCGCCAACUACCUCACUCACUUCUUGCUCACACCCGAUCAACAAUCCAUCGUUUGUCCGGUCUUUACUGAGAAGCUUCACGCACGAUUCGUCCCUCGUCAUUGGUUCCCACUAGAGCCCGAACGAGGAUCGGGAUAUCGUGCGGUUUCAUUUGAUCCUUCUCGUCAAGACGGAUAUUUGGACCCAGUUCUGUGCAUGUUAGCUCACCUCCUCGGGACCUCCAACCGGGAACUCAGGCGGAACAUUCUCAAGAACUUUGGCGUAGCUCAGGCCUCCGGUUGGACUCUAUGGACCGACCCCGGAUGCGUUAGUCUCCGGAUUCAAGCGAGCGGUGGUGAACUCAAGGAACUAUGGGGCAACCUCCCCACUCAUCUCUCCCAACCUCGACUCGGCGUCCCUUCUCCGCCCACGAUUCCCUCAGCACCUCGUCUGUCUCCUGGCGAUUCCCCAAGUAAAUCCCGAGCCAUACCGAUCCUUGCUCCUGCAGGAGUAACCCGUCUGGCAGUCACUCCUCCUACGCCCUUUGGGCAAUCCAAGUCUAGGUCACGCUCCGAAGGAUCCGACAAGAAGACGAUUCAAGCCCGUCAUCAGGAGAUGCUAGUUGAAAAUUUCCAGGCCCAGCUCAAGUUGUCCUCCUAUUCCUCCCGAAGGGCUUCGAUCCAAUCCGGCAUAUCAUUCUUUCAAGCUUCCUCCCAGGGACACCGGCCGUUGGCCCCAUUAGGAAUGAUGGUCAAGAAGAAGAUGAGCACCAACCAGCUUCCGCAAAGCUCCAACUCGAUGCCUUACGUCUCCACCAACCACAUGCCGGCCAGCUUGACCGCAAUGUCGGCCAUCCAACACCAACCGCCUCGUCGGGCGGCUUCGCCGGCAUACGCCAGCCAACGCCGCCGUCACGUCCCAAGUGCCUCGGUCUCCAGCGUCAGCGGCGGUCGCGGCUUGCUCGUCCUCAAGGAAGGUCCUGGAACGGUCACCGAACACUCCGGCGGGAAGGUCGGCGUCAUGGGCGGCGGCGUCUUGCUCGGACUCCCUAAAGACAAAGAAUCCGGCGCCGUCGUCAAUAACAGUGCUAACAACCGUAGGACUAACACCCGUCGCGCUCGCACUACUACCGCCAACCCUUGA